GCUGCGCUCUGCAGUUACUUGUCAAGGCGAAGGUCGGAGUUCGGCACUUGUACUUGUCAGAGCUGAGCCAUGAAUCCGGAUCUGAGCAGGGAGCGGGCUACGGCCUCGUUCAACCCGGAGACUAUCACCCAUAUCCUGGAUGGAAGUCCCGAGAGGACCCGGAGGAGGAGAGAGAUCGAACGCCUGGUGAAUGAUGACCCCAGUUUCCAACACGAGGACCCCAACUUCCUGUCUCGCAGCGAGCGCUACGAGGUGGCCAUUAAGAAGAGCGCCGUGAUGGUGCAGAAGAUGCGGGAACACGGGAUAUCUGACCCGGAAGAAAUCUACUGGUUCAAGAGAAACUGCCUUGGCUCUCAGACGGAUCCCCUUGGCUUACACUACAGCAUGUUCACAGACAUGCUCAAUAAACAGUGCAGUGACUCUCAGCGCCAGAAGUGGCUGCCACUUGCCAGGAAUCUUCAAGCCAUUGGCACAUAUGCCCAGACUGAAAUGGGGCAUGGAACCCACUUGCGAGGUCUGGAGACAACUGCCACCUAUGACCCUUCCACCCAGGAAUUCAUCCUCAACAGCCCCACAGUAUCUUCCAUCAAGUGGUGGCCUGGAGGCUUGGGUAAGACAUCAAAUCAUGCAGUGGUGCUGGCACAGCUCUACACCCAGGGGGAGUGCAAGGGCCUUCAAGCCUUUAUAGUACCGAUACGUCAUAUGGGCACCCAUGAGCCUCUGCCAGGUGUGGUGGUUGGAGACAUUGGACCCAAGUUUGGUUUUGAUGAGACAGACAACGGGUUCCUAAAGUUUGACAAAGUCCGGAUCCCCCGGGAGAACAUGCUGAUGAAAUAUGCCCAGGUGGAGCCAGAUGGGACCUACGUGAAGCCAGUGAGUGACAAACUGACAUACGGAACCAUGGUAUUUAUACGCUCUAUGAUCGUCGGCGACUCUGCGAGGAGCCUCUCUCGCGCCUGCACCAUUGCCGUCCGAUACAGUGCCGUGAGGCAUCAGUCUGAGAUCAGAGCUGGAGAGCCGGAGCCCCAAAUUCUGGACUUCCAGACCCAACAGUACAAACUAUUCCCGCUACUAGCAACUGCAUAUGCGUUCCAAUUUGUGGGGUCGUACAUGAGCCAGACUUACCACAGGAUCACCGGCGACAUCCAGCAGGGCAACCUCAACGAACUGCCUGAGCUCCACGCGCUGUCUGCUGGCCUGAAAGCCUUUACAACAUGGGCGGCCAAUACCGGCAUCGAGGAGUGCCGGAUGGCAUGCGGGGGCCACGGAUACUCGCGCUGCAGUGGUAUACCGGACAUCUACGUGACAUUCACCCCAGCCUGUACCUACGAAGGGGAGAACACCGUAAUGAUGCUUCAGACAGCCAGGUUUCUAGUGAAGAGCUACACAGCUGCUGUUUCUGGGGAAAGGCUCAGUGGAAUGGUCUCCUACCUGAACAACGUGUCUUCACAGCGCCUGCAGCCUCAGCCGCUCUCAGGCCGAUCCGUAGUAACGGAUAUCAACGACUUGGACAGUCUGGUGGAGGCUUACAAGCAGCGGGCAGCAUGGUCAGUGGCAUCAGCAUCCAGGAGUUUCGCUGCCGACAUGAAGCGUGGAAAGCGCAAAGAAGAUGCCUGGAACAAGAACUCUGUGGAUUUGGUGCGGGCAUCAGAGGCCCACUGUCAUUACGUGGUGGUGAGACUCUUUACGUCCAAGCUUUCUGAGAUCCUGGAUGUGGCCGCCCAUCGAAUCCUGAGCUCUCUCUGCCUCCUCUACGCUCUGCAUGGAAUCAGUAGGAACGCAGGAGACUUCCUUCAGGUUGGCCUUCUGAGUGCCUCGCAGAUUGAACAAGUCCAGCAGAGGAUUAAAGACCUGCUGGCCGUGAUCCGUCCGAACGCAGUGGCUCUGGUGGAUGCUUUUGAUUACACAGACAGUCAGUUGGGCUCUGUCUUGGGGAGAUACGAUGGGAAUGUCUAUGACAACAUGUUUGAGUGGGCCAAGAAGUCCCCCCUCAACAAGACCCAGGUGCAUGAAUCAUUCCACAAGUAUCUGAAACCUCUCCAGUCGAAGCUGUGAUCGAUUCCAGCAAGCCACUGAACUAAACCAGCCUCAUCGUUUUGUACAAAUGAUGUUCUGAAAUGAAAGCUCUUAGCAAUGAAAUAGAAUCCUUCAACUAAUUACUGCAAAAUUCCGUCAACAGACUCAGGCAUUCUGUAAGAUUCAUCAAUAGACUCUUAACGCUUUCUAAUGCACUUCAAGCCUGGUACCAAAUAAUGAAAUGUGUUCUUUUUGAACUCCGAUAUAUCUAAAAAGCCAUUUCUCCAUUAUCCUCUUGUCUGCUUUUCAGCCAGACCCUUUAUCACGGUUCUCCGCCAUGAAGAAUGAGCAGAUUAGCCACCUUGUGGGGCUUUUUAUGUACUGUAUGGAAGGGUUAAUUUAUCUUGCACAGUAAAAACCAUCCAGAAGCUUUUUAAAAAGAAGAAUUUUAAAAUAUUAGCCAGCACUUUUAAAGACAAACCCCUUUAAUACUUUGAUGGCCCUCAAAAUGUUGCCCUCGUUGAACAUGGAUGUGCCUGAUGUUCAGAUCCACCCUGAUUAAUGAAAAAAAAAUCUAUUUUUGUUAAGAUGCCUCGGUCUAGUAGUUCUGAUAUUUCUGUACUCUUCUUUAACCCCUUCAUGACAGCCCGCACAUGUACGGGCUAACAGUGCAUUGUUUUUAAAGGGUUUAAGGACAACCCAUUGUCCUUUUAGAGGUUAAAGCACUAAAAAAAGAUGAGUGUAGGGUUAAUGUGAUAUAAUAAAUAAUCCUAGCAUCACCGACUGGGAAUACAAGGUGAUAAUUAGAGUUGAAUUUGUUUAGUAAUCUUGUAAUGAUGUGUGUAUAUCUCUCAAUACACCUGAAUGAUUUCUUA